AUGGCUUCGGUCUCUUUUCCUCUACAGCCUCAAACUACUUCAGUCUUUUCUCAACGUCUCGACUCGAUUGGUCAGCCCUCCGGCAGUCGUAGCCGCCACAACUUCGCCAUGCCUGCGCCGCUUCCAAAUCCACCGUUUGUGUUCCCAGCCCGAGAGCCGGAUGCAAUGUCACAGGCGAUAGAUGACACGCCAAACCUUCCCGCCUUUUCCUUUAAUCCGGGUUCUAUACAACCAUCACAGCCGACAACGCCAACGUCAACGCCAACGCUACCAACAAGUCGACCGGUUGGACACCGUCGGCGAUGCAGCGAGUUCGUUGGCGGCGAGCAUAUGGUUGCCUCUGGAAUAUCGGAUGCAGGUCAAAAGAGCGGAGAGGAUUCAACCCCUGGCCCUGCUAGGCUACCAGCUCCGGGGCCCGGUUUCAGUGCAAUGGGCCCAGGAAGGCGACGACAUGCCCAUCGACGCUCAGCGGCGGUUUCCAGUGUGGACCUAACCGCUAUUUCGAAGGCGUUCGGCCCGGAAAGUUUGGUCGAGAGUGCUCCAAGAACACCAGCAGAUGGGCUACAGGAUCUUAGUCCGUCAGAUCUGUCCCGUAGACCUAUAUCUAACUCGGCAACCAACCUAGGCCGGCCGACACCACCUGCGUCUCCCCAGAUAACGAUUAAUGGGGUGCCUCCUAGCAAUGCACAGCCUGAGGUCUCGAUUGUCUCUGAUGCAGCCGAACGCAGUGACGAACUUUCAGGGAUGAAACAUCCGCUUUCUGCUGCGGGACAUUCUCGUUUCCGAAAAAGCAUGUCGUCGGGGAUCCUAGAUGCAAAGCUCAGGAAAAGUGACAGGAUGAGAGAGGAUACCCGGUGGGCAGAGACCUUGAGGCAUUCUUCAUCUGACGAUGGAGAUUCAGUUGCAUCAGGCGACGAUCACGCAGCAACUGAAUCACCGUCCACUUCUAAGAAAAGAUCGAAAACCAAGAAGAGGCAGAAGAAAGUACGGUCUUGGGCUGGUGCAAUUUUGACAAGAGGAAAGGUCAAGCGCAAAGAUGAUAUGGCAGGGUCCAAGUCGUCUCCGUCACCUGUACUCACCCGGACCAAUUCGGACCUUGGCUCAGGACUCGAUGUGAACUUCGACGACGAUAACGUUGUUGUGAUCCGAACACCCACCAAUCCUACUUCUCCGGAUUCUCAUAGUCCAUCUGAUAAUGCUGAUGCACCGGCAUCGCUGGAGAACUCAUGGAAACCGAGAAGCUUUUAUGAGCAAGGUAGACAGAAUGAUGUUCUAAGUCCGAUCAUCGAUCUGGAUGCUGCUCUGGGACCUUUCAAUACCCCUGACAUGGGGUCCAGUGGUACUGCUAAGAGUGGCUUUUCGGCGGCAACCAAACGGAUGUAUAGUGGUGGACGACGGGGAGAAUUCGUCGGCCCGGAAAUGCGCUACCAUCGUCGUACUGAAAGCGCACCUGAAAUGCCUCCUUUUGAUCGCAGCUUUUUAAACAACCGAUUGGUAAACAAUUCAGCCUUAGAGAACCCCGACGUUUUCUACGAGGAGGAGGAGGAUGCAUUUCUGGCGGCUACAAGUGAAAACGACGAACGAGGCCCUUUGCAGGGUGUCGCAGGCGCUGCUGAUCAACAAUCACUAGAAAGCAAAGAAAGCUCUGAUACUCUUACCCGGCAACCAGGGGAGAAUUUCGCCAACCCACAAGAACAGACUGGUCUUGGAAUCCAGAAACAGGAACCGGACGACGCCCCGGAUUCCCUUGCCACAUGUUCAAACCAGGAGAACCAAAACCCCACGGACCAACAAUCUGCUUCUGAUCAGCUACGGGAUGCGAGGAACCCUUUUUCCAACCAGCCGAAAAGUCCCGUGGAGCUGAUCAAACAUGAGGAUUGGCUACGCAAAGUGCCGGUUCCUCCUAGUCCAGACAUUUCACCUCGUUUUCUGCCCACAGACCGGCCUGCGACCUCGCCGAUUGAUUUUACCCCCAACAUCCCUAUCCCUCCCCUUUCUCUCCAGGGUGGCACCUCUGUUUCGAACUCUCCCUUUCCAUCCCCUGACUUUGCCGGCUCGUCUCCCGACUUCCCUCGUUCGAUCACCACUUCGUCUACCACUGAUCGUAAUUUCUCGAGCCCCUCCUACAACCCGUCUAUGGAGUUCCCUCAUGCAUCCGCCGAUGAUGUGCCGUCACUGACUAGCAGUGCAUCGACAACAACAAAUACGUUAAAUCGUUUUUCGGCAACUUUCUUCCAACGGUCCCGGUUGUCCACUGAUCGCUCGGCAUCUUUCUCUGCUGCGGGCAACCGGCGAAAUAGUCAGGCCAACUCUUCGAAGCGGUCUAGCCUUGCCAGUCUAUCCAAACUGGUAGGUGGACCUCAUGUCGAGAGAAGUAAGCUCAGUUAUGAGGAGAAGCCACCAAGUGAUGAACCAGAGAAGACAAAAAAGGGUCGUCGUAUUAGUCGGUUGAUGCACUUCUGGAGGACGAAAGAAAAAGACCGGUUGAACCAAAAUACAGUUCAGGAAGAACGACCAUCAUGA